AUGACGUUCCCACUCGCUGGAGAUGACGUUGAGGACCAUGACGGAGGAGGAAAACUUCGUAUGCUUCACGAAAGGAUCCUCCUCGAUGUCUUUUUAGAUCCGCCUGUCGUUCCGCCUGUUGCUCGUCUGGUUCUGGAUGAAAUUCUUUUCAUUAGAGAAGAACCUCAGCACCCCGGCGGACCUGUGCUUGAGAUCGUUCAGCAGAGCCGCCGCCUUGACCUUCCUCGACCCCUUGGAGGCAUUCAUGAUGAGCAUGCGGUGAGACUUGCGGUAGGAGGUGUAACCAAUGUCCUUCUUGCUCGUUCGGCAGAUCGUCGACUUGUGACAGCCCAUAUUAGCGGCGAUCUUAGCGUAGCUCUGGCUUCCAUUAUUGUCGACUGUUUCUUUGACGGCAGCGACGAACUCGUCGGUCCUAACGGACAAAGAACGAAUGUUGUGGGCCUUUUGUUUGGCAGUAAACUCGUCCUUGUUCUCACAUGCCUUCCACUUCCUUCAAAUGUCCAUGACUAUGGUCUUCUCGAACCCAAACUAGGCCAUCACUUCCGCAGGCUUCUUACCGACCCAAAAAGAAGCUACUACCGCUGGUCUGCGUUCAUAUUUCAACCUGGAAAAGGAUAG